GAGCUGCAGUUAAGAAGAGCUUUCCCAGAAAUAUGUUAUUAUACGGAGGAUCUGAGACUGGCUGAAGUCUGUAAACCUGAAGAAGAAAACUCCAUGAGAAAGUUUUUUGGUGAUUAAAAAUGUUCCAAAGGAUCAUCGGUCUGCUGCUGCUUCUCAUGGCUGCUUGUUCAGCUCAGAGCACAGGUGAGUUUACAAGGGAGUCCACAGAUGUCAACACCAUGGUGUGUAAUACCUGCGCUGAAGGUGAGACCUGCGUGAGCGACGACAAGAUCAACUGGAGGUGUGGGCAGCCGGAUGUCAACACCAUGGUGUGUAAUACCUGCGCUGAAGGUGAGACCAGUGUGAGCGACGACAAGAUCAACUGGAGGUCUGGCCAGCCAGCUCUGAAACCUCAGCUGAGGUUGGUAAAUGGUAGCACACCAUGCUCUGGUAGAGUGGAGAUCCUCCAUAACAACCAGUGGGGAACAGUGUGUGAUGACGCUUGGGAUAUAAACGAUGCCAAGGUGGUCUGCCGACAGAUGAGAUGUGGCCCCGUCCAGUCAGCAACUAUUUCUGCCUCCUUUGGACAAGGCACCGGACCGAUCUGGAUGGAUGAUGUUGCCUGUACAGGCAGCGAGUCUUUGCUAUCAGAAUGUCGACAUCCAGGGUUUGGCACUCAUAACUGCCACCAUGGUGAAGAUGCUGGAGUCAUCUGUUCUGCUCCGACGGUGAGAUUGGUCAAUGGUAACACACCAUGCUCUGGUAGAGUGGAGAUCCUCCAUAACAACCAGUGGGGAACAGUUUGUGAUGAUGGUUGGGACAUAAAUGACGCCAGGGUGGUCUGCCAACAACUGAGAUGUGGCCCCGUCCAGUCGGCAACUAGUUCUGCCAACUUUGGACAAGGCACCGGACCGAUCUGGAUGGAUGAUGUUGCCUGUACAGGCAGCGAGUCUUUGCUAUCAGAAUGUCGACAUCCAGGGUUUGGCACUCAUAACUGCGGCCAUGGUGAAGAUGCUGGAGUCAUCUGUUCUGCGCCGAAAUCUCAGCUGAGGUUGGUAAAUGGUAACACACCAUGCUCUGGUAGAGUGGAGAUCCUCCAUAACAACCAGUGGGGAACAGUGUGUGAUGAUAGUUGGGAUAUCAAUGACGCAAAGGUGGUCUGCCGACAGAUGAGAUGUGGCCCCGUUCAGUCAGCAACUAGUUCUGCCUCCUUUGGACCAGGCACCGGACAGAUCUGGAUGGAUGAUGUUGCCUGUACAGGCAGCGAGUCUUUGCUAUCAGAAUGUCGACAUCCAGGGUUUGGCACUCAUAACUGCGGCCAUGGUGAAGAUGCUGGAGUCAUCUGUUCUGGUGUAGCACCGGCGGUGAGGUUGGUAAAUGGUAACACACCAUGCUCUGGUAGAGUGGAGAUCCUCCAUAACAACCAGUGGGGAACAGUGUGUGAUGAUGAUUGGGACAUAGACGACGCCAGGGUGGUCUGCCGACAGCUGAGAUGUGGCCCCGUCCAGUAUGCAACUAGUUCUGCCUCCUUUGGACAAGGCACCGGACCGAUCUGGAUGGAUGAUGUUGCCUGUACAGGCAGCGAGUCUUUGCUAUCAGAAUGUCGACAUCCAGGGUUUGGCACUCAUAACUGUGGCCAUGGUGAAGAUGCUGGAGUCAUCUGUUCUGGUGGACGCGGAUGAUGCCAAGCCUCAGCUGGAGGAGAAGGAGGGGCAGGACGAGUACUCCCAGCUGCAGAUGCCCGAGUGAUUGGUCCAUCCAGCUCCUUCAUUAGCAUAUCUGACCCAUAUCCUGUAGCAGCGCUGGGCAGACGGACUGAACACGCUUCUGAAAUCUUGUUUUUAUAAAUCUUUGUAUUUUCUGUUUCUCUGUCUGUCUGAAGAUCACACUAACUGUCUGCUCUGUCUUCCUGAUGAAUCUGUCUAUCAUUAAAGGCACAUUUUAUCUUUAAAAUAA